AUGAUCCAGUGGAUCGAAAAGGACAGAUCCAAGGGGUACAUGUUUGCAUCUGGGUUCCUGCUGCCCCUCUUGGCAUACUGCGAUGACAUUGCCCUACUGGGCAGGGACUUUGCUGACAUCAGCGCCACAUUUGGGAUGCUUGCUCAGUACUAUGAGUACUAUAACCUGGAUAUCAACCAGGCAAAGUCGGGCUACACCAACAACAGUGGUAGGGGGGACUACAACCUGUGGUGGAACGGCAUCGCCAUUGCUAAGCUAGAAGCUCAUGAGCACUACAAGUAUCUUGGCGUGUGGAUCAGCCUGUCCUUAAGCUGGGCAAAGCACAUUAUGGUUACUGAACAGAAGGUCCAGGCCAUGCUCGCUGUUCUUAAGCAGAAGCGCAUCAUGCCGGACCAAAUAGUGGCGGUCCUCAAUGCGGCUGUUGUUGCAGUAGUUGCCUACAGCAUGUCGGUGGUCCAAUUCCCGACGGAGUGGCUGGACAAAAUGGACGUGCUAGUGGCGAAGCUUGUCCGCACACGUAUGGGGCUGUCAGCCAGCGCUGGCAAGGGCGGCUUGGGUUUGCAUAGCCUCAAGGGCCUGUUGAAAGCGCAUCAAAGGGAAUCCACCACCCGCGCCAUCAAUGGUGGGACCAUAGCGGCAGACACCAUCCUGGCAAGGGACAGCCGCAACACUCUGCACAUGUGGCGACUUGGACUUAAAGAAAUAGGUAUUGACCCAUGGAUCCGUCUGGCGGACCCAAACUACAUACAUGUACCCAAGCGGGACGACCUCAUUGAACUGGAACAAGUGCGUAGCAGGGCGGUCGCCAUCCCCAGCAGAGGGGUUGCCGGGAUGCUCAAGGCCCUGUCCCCCUACCGCAUCACCGAAGAUGACUGGUGCUUCCUCCACAAAAAUGAGGCCACCAACACCCUCAGGGUCUGGACGGACGGGGGUCAUGUGAAGGGAUGCACCACAGCGGGAGUGUAUGUGGGGGAGCAGUUCAAGGACAGUGUCAUGAUCGUCAGGGGAGGGUCCUCGUUCAUUGGGGAGCUUGUUGGAGUUCUGGUCGCCCUCGAGAGAUGCCCCCGGUCCUGUAACCUGGAAAUAGUGAUUGACUGCACUAGCGCGAUUGCAGCCUUCUCUGGGUUCGAGGGCUGGGGCAUGGGCAGGCAGAUGCGCACCGAAGGCAGGGGAGUCGUCAAGCGCAUCAUCCAGCUGGUCCAGGAGCGCAGGACGAAGGGCCUUGGCGUCACGUUCACAUACGUCCCCAGUCACAUACCCGAGAAAAGAGCGAGAGCUAGGGAGGAAGGACCAGAAGCGCUGGCCAGUUGGGAAGCCAAGCUGGCAGCCCUCGCAGAGAUGCACGGGGAUGAUUGGGGCACAUUAGUCAAAGGUAACGAGGCCGCGGACGCCCUGGCGACCCUCGCGCGCACCAGCCACACCGCCACGUACAACCGGUGUGUGUUAACAUCUUUGGACGCGGUGGCGCUGCUCAGCAUUGACGGUUCCCUAGUGGAAAAGGGGCUGAGGUGGCAAUCGCUGGAAGCAGAGGCAGACGUCAAGUUCCGUCGGCAGGCUAGCCGAGUGUCCAGAGGCGAGUACCUCAGAGACUCACUCACGGACUUCGGUAAGUCGGGAGUGCCCAGCAGCCACGGCAACAAGCUUGUUAAAAAAUGGGCCCACUCCGCCAGAUUCAAGUCGCAGACACCCAACGCCGAAAAAAUGCACUUCUACUGGGAAAGGGACGCUAACAAUGCCGACGUCUGGUAUGCCAGGGAUAAUGGAGAAGAUGCUGCUCGGCCUAGGGACUGGCUUAUCAAGAAGGCCGUCCACAGCACCUCCGAAUGCCCCCUCUGCACGAGCAGCACACCGUGCGGCACGGACACCAUGCUGGUGGUGCACAAGCCGGAAGAGGGCAAGAAGGAGAUGCACGAUCACGUGUACACUACCUGCGCAGCCACACGGGGUAUCCGGCUUAGGAGGGACGAGGAAGUGCUACAGAUCAUCAGUAGCAGUGUGUGCAAGCCGAUGGUGUCGAUAAAGGACCUGCCGCUCUGGUUCUCAACUGAAACCAACGCGACAGCCAAGGGGCAGUCCGAAGCCACGCGCAAGCUGAGGGAGUACAACGUUAAGAUGGGGGCACUUGCUUUUUGCCCUACAGUCCUGCCGCAGGCGUUAAGGGACCUGGGGAUCCCCUCCAAAAAGGUGGACCCGGUAGUGCAGGAUAUUCUGCUGUGCAUCGCGGCAGCGGCCAAAGAAAUGUGGGACCUUAGAAAGGCCCGCAUACAAGAAAUAAGACGUAAUUUUGCUAACGAUAGGGGAAUAACGUAG